UGUUUUAUAACCUGUCAUGUACCACUAAUUUAAAAAAAAUCCCCCGGUAAUUUAUAUAAAUUAUCAUGAUAAAAAAAUCAGUCCUAGUUUACGAUCUCUUAAGAUCCCAGAGAAAUGAAAAUGGCUUUUCACCUCACGAGAUUCUCCAGCGAGUGAGCGAAACUCACGGUUUCACGCCUGGAAAAGGCCUCAGGAGGCAAAUUAACGCAGCUUUAAAGCGAGGAAUGAAUUUUGGAAUUUUGAUGAAAGAGAGGAACCGAUACAGGUACGAUCUGAAUAUCACGUCAGUUCCAAUGCCACAGACACAACUUCCCCAGGGUAAAAAUAAAAAAGAGAAGAGGAAAAAACGAGUGGUGGUUAAACCAAGAGCUCAGACAAACAGGAAACCUCAGGGGAGGGCACGAGGUCCGGUUAAAAGAUCCAAGGACAUCCGUCCAAAUCCCACUGUUCCCCCACCGCCCAAUUGGACACCGAAGAAGAGAAUUUUACGGGAAGAAUAUGUUUCCAAAUUUACAAAACAUCGAGAUAAUUAAUUAAUUAAUUAUUCAUUCGAUUACCGAAUAAAUAAAAAUUAUUUU